UUUCGUAAAUCGAGUUGAAAAGCUUAGUCGUGAAGUACUUGGCCAGUAGUCUGUCCCUUUUUAAGUCGUCCAUUUUCUCGUUCAUCUCUAUCGUGGAGUGCAAACGAGCUGCAGAGAGAGAGCCAUGGCGGAUUCUAGGGUAGAUACAAUUUCGAGGUUAGCGCAAUGGAGGAUCGACUGCCUUGGACCUUGCAACUUCAAGAAAUCCGAUCCUUUCAAGGUCGGAAUCUGGAAUUGGCAUUUGUCGGUCGAGAAGAGUCGAUACCUGCACAUUCGUUUAUUCCCUGAGCCGUCGAAGAUCUCGAAGGAGCAACCUCCAAUUGCUCGGUUUAUUCUUCGAGUCUCUAGCGUUGGACCUAACCGUAGACCUUAUGUUUCUCCCAUUCAUGAAAGACUUCUUCGGACAAGCGAAGACUUUGUUUGGCCUGUUGAUUCAACCUUCCAUGGUCGCUUUAUUGUUGAUGUCGAGUUCCUUGACUUGAAGAUCUGCCCUGUGAAUGGUUUGAAGGGAGGAGAAGCCAAUUCUAUUUGGCCCAUGGAUGGAAUAAUGCAAUCUGUAUCAUCUCAAAGCACUCUUAAAUGCCUCUCUCGCAUGCUGGACGAGUCUAUCCAUGCUGAUGUCACCAUCAACACCGUCGAUGGCACUUUACGAGCUCACAAAGCCAUUUUAUCGGCCAGUUCUCCGGUGUUCAAGAGCAUGUUCCUUCACAAUCUCAAGGAAAAAGAGUCUUCCAUCAUCUUCAUAGAAGACAUGUCACUAGAAGCCUGUAUGGCUCUGUUACGAUACCUGUAUGGAACCAUAACAGAAGAAGACUUUUGGAAGCAUCGACUGUCACUUCUCGGGGCAGCCAACAAGUACGCUAUCGAAGACCUAAAAGAUGCCUGCGAGGAGAGCCUCUUGGAAGACAUAAACUCGGCGAACGUCCUCGAGAGACUGCAAGAAGCAUGGCUUUACCAGCUGCAGAAACUGAAGAAAGGAUGUUUGGCGUACCUGUUCGAUUUCGGGAAGGUCUACGACAUUAGAGAUGAAAUAAAUAACUUCUUCAGGCAAGCCGACCGGGAACUGAUGAUGGAGAUGUUCCAAGAAGUGCUUACAGUAUGGAAACCAGUUUAAUAACAAUGAGUUCUCAUCCUCACCAGGUGAGCAGCCUUGUACUUACAUUCAUAAAUGUGUAUAUAUAUGUCUAAAGGGCAUUUUGGUAAACCCCUUUUUUCUAGGGUGAUGGUAUGGUUCUUCUAUGUUUUUACAGACUUGAUGCAAUAUGUUCAAAUUACAGUUUUUUUAUCUUACA